GGCCAUUUUGUACUUCUAACAAGUCAAAGAAUGGAAAAAGACAGCAAGAGGAUGCUUUUCUUUUUGCUCUUGGCUGGUAUUUGCAGCCCAACGACUGAAGAACAGUGGAAGGCCUCUGUUGUAAAAUCAAUUGAAGCCCUGGUCGACUCCUGUGUUGUGCUGCCCUGUACAUUCACUUAUCCUGGGAGUAUCUUGCCUACCUCCAGACUCAGGGGCAUCUGGCAUCGUAAGGACAAUUGGGACGAUAUCUUCUACCAUGAAGACAGCACAAAGGUCAUGGACAGCUUUAAGGGCCGAACCAAGUUGUUGGGAGACCUGGGUCAGAAGAACUGCACCUUAGAAAUAGAUGAGGUUAAAGAUCAUGAUAACGGCCCUUUCUGCUUCCGCAUUGAACUUGUGCAAAAAGACACCAACAGAACUAAAGAAAAGUUCUCCUUUGUUGAGGAAUGUACUGAAGUCAUAAUGCGCCAAGUUCCUCCCAAACCUGAACUUUUUCAGGCAAACACAGCUGUUCAAGGAAAACCUUACGCCGUCACCUGUUCGGUCCACCAUACCUGCCCCUCACACGUUCCUGUGUUCACAUGGAGUCGAGGAAGUGAAGAUGAUGUUAUACUAAUUCAAAAACCCAUUGUCUCUGGGAUCUGGGAGACACAGUCCAUCAUGGUGUUUACUCCUGAGGAGAAUGACGACCACACUGAAAUCACCUGUAGUGUAACAUUUAAUGGAGGUCAAAAAUCAGACAGAUCUAUUCAACUCAACGUAAAACGUACUGCAAACACUUAUCACCUCAUCCUUCCAGUCGCGGUGGCCAUUGGCACGGCUGUGAUCUUUGGAAUCAUCUGCAUUGCUAUGAUGAAAAAGUACAAGAAUCGCAUUGCAGAGCUUCAAAGUCGUGAAGGAAGCAUGUUCAACAGACUGUCCAGGAUGUCUGGCAGGUUCUAAUGGCCAGUGACUUUGUGGUCAUAAUCCAGUGCAAGAAAUGUGAGCAAAUGAUGACCAGCAAGUAGUUGUUCACAUUUAAACUUUUGUUUAUGUCCAUGAGGAAGAUUUUUGUAUUAAGAGUCAUACCUUAUUUUUUUAUUAUUACCAUUGUACAUUAAUUCAGCAAAAAAAUAUAUAUACGUUAUGCUUUUUCUGGCAAAAGUAUCAAAAGUGUACAAAAAUGAAAUUAUUCCAUUUUUAUAAUGUUGUGUGUUGAAAUUAUGAGUAUGCAUUCUCACUAGGCUAUUAUUUUUACCUGGCCAGACCUUUCAGUACGAUGCAGUUCGUAUUCUGUUUGACCUGAACACUUUGUGAGCAAGUAACCACUUCUAAUAUUAAAUAAACACAACUGUACUAGAGUAGUUCAACUCCAAAAGCUUCAAGUAUAAAAGAGUGUGUCAAAAAACAUAACCAGUGUCAACUUGAGGGUGUGCUCUGCCUCGAUCAUAUUUCCGUCGUUAUAAAUAUAUUAUUCCGCUUUUUUGUUGUUGUGGUAAGUACCCAGUGUACAGCUAAGUUCAAUGUUAAAACUAUGUGUAGAUAUCAUUUAGACAUGAGUGGAUUAUCACAAUGAUGAUAAUAAUAAUCUACCUACCUGUUUGUAAUGAAGUAAACCCACAGAGUUUUCUAGAAGUAAACUAAGUAAAAGUAAAAGUUAAAAAUUACCAAUGUCUGUAAAUAAUGCAAAAUGCAAGCGAAUAAAAUCAACUCAAAGACAUUUGGCUAAGAUUUGAAAUAAUUUAGUAGAUUUUUUUCAGAUUCAUGUUGAGAAAUUGGUAUUGAGGAAUGCUGAGCAACAGUUUAAAAAUUUUGUGUUUCCGUCCAGGACUCCAGAGUAAAUGUGUAAAUAUCUCAUCAUAUUU